GCUGCUGCUCCUCCCACCACCAAUGAAAUCUUUCCUUUUAACUUCACACAGCCCCUGAGCACACAUGACACACACACAGGCACACAAAAACAGACAACAGGGCCUACCAGACAAAAUCAGGAUAUGACAUCAUACACAGGAAGAGAAGCCAAGUGACUUUUCAGCUUGUUUUUUUUUUUAUUCUAUACUGAAUUCCCUUACUGAGUUUUGGAGGGAUAAGACCGGCUGAUGAGUGGGAAAGAGAAAGGAUCCUCACAAGACUAUUUGGAUUUGAGCUGUUCCCUCUUGGAAAGAACAGGAGACAGAGGAAUUCUUUUCAAGUUUACCACAACAUUCCAAGUGUCUAGAGCGGGACUAAAGCCAGGUUCUUUAGGCAUUGCUUUACUUUUUCUGAUCUCUAGAGACUUCCUCAUUGGAUGGGACGAGGGCCCAGGGAAUCAUAAGGGUCAACAAUCACAACUGUCCGGAUCCUGACUGGAUCUGACUCCUCCAUCACCCUGCUCAGUUCAGCAAUGGCUCUGUGCUUGGGUCAGGUUUUCAGCAAAGACAAAACAUUCCGGCCUCGAAAGCGAUUUGAACCUGGGACCCAGCGUUUUGAGCUGUACAAAAGAGCCCAAGCAUCUCUGAAAUCAGGCCUGGACCUGAGGAAAGUGGUGCAGCUGCCAGAUGGGGAGAACAUUAAUGACUGGAUAGCUGUGCACGUGGUGGAUUUCUUCAAUCGUAUCAACCUCAUCUACGGGACCGUGAGUGAGUUCUGCACUGAGAAGAGCUGUCCCAUCAUGUCUGGAGGGCCACGUUAUGAAUACAGGUGGCAGGAUGGGGAUCAAUACAAGAAGCCCACCAAGCUGCCUGCUCUUAUAUACAUGAACCUCCUGAUGAACUGGAUCGAGUCACUCAUCAAUAAUGAGGACAUCUUUCCUACCAGAGUAGGAGUCCCUUUUCCAAAGAACUUUCAGCAGGUGUGCAAGAAGAUUCUGAGUCGGUUGUUUCGGGUGUUUGUACACGUGUACAUCCAUCACUUUGACAUGAUCUGUAGUAUGGGAGCUGAGGCUCAUAUCAACACCUGCUACAAACACUACUAUUUCUUCAUCUCUGAGUUCAGCCUUAUUGACCACUCGGAGCUGGAGCCACUGAAAGAAAUGACAGAGAGGAUCUGCCACUGAAAGAUGUGGAGGAUGGAUGUGCAUCCAAAAGCACAAAAAACUUCAAACAGACCAAAAGAACUUGAGGUCUGAUCUACGAUCAGACGAGACCUAAGACUCACAAAUAUGCUAAACUGCAAUACAACUUUGCUUCAAUAUUUCAGAAAUACUAUGGGUCCAAAAAUUCAGUAUGUUGAGACAGUAAAUGUUUAAAUUAUAUAUGUCAGAUUGUGCAGUAUUGAUAUGAAAUGAUGCAUUGAUUGCUUAGUAUUCUGCAUAUAUUUUUAAGCAUUUCACAAUGUGACUUCAACGAUACUUUAAAAAUAUUUGUCCCUGAGGGAAACUUGUCUUGAAAUGGCAUGUCUAAAACUUCUGCUAAGUUUAAGAUGUUACACUCUUGCUCUGUCGAGUCUGUGCCAGUGCAGGGGCGGAAGCCUUUGCUAGUAUUUUUAUUUAACCAGGGCAUGUGCAGUAAGAAACUAUUAUCAUAGCUGGUGAAUGAUGAUGAAUAGUACUCCACAGUGUUGUUCUUAUUUCAGGACAUUUUGAUGUGCUGUUUUUGCUAUUGUAUUUUUGCAUGCAUGUAAAAUACAAACAUUUUAAAUGAC